AUGUCCAGCCAACUCGAAAGCAAGGCUCCAUCCGAAGCCACCGCGCUGGGCUUCCUACGGCGCCAAUUCACUCGUCCGAAGCCCCUACCAGCAGGCCUGUCUCUCGCAGGCAAAGUCGCCAUUGUCACCGGCAGCAAUGUCGGACUCGGGCUCUCAGCAUGCCGACAGCUGCUCCAGCUCGGACUAUCCCACCUGAUCAUGGCAGUUCGGUCACAAGCAAAGGGCGAUGCGGCGGCGGCUCAGUUGCGGACGGACUUUGCUUCCGCUACUGUAUCUGUCUGGAUCGUCGACAUGGAGUCGUAUGACUCCGUGCGUGCUUUUGCUAAUCGGUGCGAGAGCUUGGAGAGGAUCGAUGUUGUGAUUCUGAAUGCUGGGCUGACUAUGGCGCCGUACACUGUUGCAAGGGCAACGGGGAAUGAACUCAUGCUGCAGGUCAAUUACUUGUCAACGGCCCUGUUGACGAUCCUGCUUCUGCCAGUUCUGAAAGCGAAGAAGAUUGCUGGUUCGUCGCAGCCGCCUGUUCUCAGCAUUGUUGGCUCGGAUGCAAUGUAUCACAACCAGAUGGAGCUGCGAGGCCCGAUCCUGCCACAGUUCCAACGGGCAGACACGUUUACACAGUUUGCGUGGUAUGGAAAGACGAAGCUGCUUCAGGCACUGUUUGUCUCCAAGCUGGCUGAGUUUGUCAGUCCGCGCGAUGUCAUUGUCAAUGUGUCGAAUCCGGGCAUGACGGAUGGCACCGACUUCUUCCGCGGAUAUCCUACCUGGGCAAAGAGGCUGUUUGGAAUUGCGCAGUGGAUGCUGGCAAGGUCGGUGGAUGUUGGUGCUUCAACGUAUCUGGAUGCUGUUCUGGUGCAGGGAGAGAAGAGCCAUGGGUCGUUUACGAGUGACUGGACGAUUAAGCCAUAUCCCAAGGUUUGGUAUACGCCGCAAGGAAGAAGUUUCACAGAGAGGCUUUGGGAGGAGACAAUGGAAGAGUUGAGCUUUGUGGGCGCCUCGAAGAUAUUGGGUGAUUUGAGGCAGAGCUCAACAGGCAGCAUGCAAUGA